CGAGGGUUCUCCUCUUUUGCCCUCCUUCCCCCUUGCUGAGGAGUCCUUGCGGCUGCUUGUUGCGCUCGGAACGAGGCAGCUAGAAUGACCAGCUACGCUACGAAGAUACGCCAGGCUCUGCACGUCCCGCGCUAUGCGCGGUGCGUAUGCUUCGCCUCGCUCGCUGCCUACGUCUUCGGGUUCGACACAGGCUCGAUCGGCCCCAUAACACUUAUGGAUGACUUCAGCAAGACGUUCGGCGACCUAUCCUCCAUCGUCCAGGGUCUCUUCGUCUCCGCCGUUCUCAUCCCCGCUGCCAUCACCUCCUUUGGCGCGGGCUCUAUCGCCGACCGCAUCUCGCGCACGCACGCCAUCUCCCUGGGAUGCGCCGUCUACGGCAUGGGCUCCCUCCUCUGCUCCGUCGCGGGCAUCAACAUGUCGCAGCACUCCGCGCUCGCCAUGAUCUUCGUCGGCCGCUGCGUCUCGGGCAUCGGCGAGGGCAUCUUCCUCUCCGCCGUGACCGUGUACGGGAUCGAGGUCGCCCCGCGCAAGCUGCGCGGCCGCGUCGGCUGCAUCAUGCAGCUCUUCAUCUCGACGGGGAUCAUGAUCGGGUACUUUGUGUGCUACGGCUCCCUGAACAUCGUCGGCUCGCUGUCGUGGAGGCUGCCCUGGAUCCUGCAGUGCCUAACGUGCUUGGUGUGCGCCGUCGGCGUGCGCUUCCUGCCGCACUCGCCGCGGUGGCUGCUGCAUGUUGGGAGGCGGGAGGAGGCCGUGCGCGCGAUGCAUCGGCUUGAUCUGAGCAAGGACGAGUUCAUCUCGCUGGCGGCGAGCGAGGAGGAGGAGAAGGCGCAGCAGGAGGCGGCGAGGGAGAAGGCGCGGCGCGGCGGGCUGAAGCACCAUAUCGCGCAGUUCAAGGAGGCCUUUGCGCCCGGUCUGCGUGGGCGGACGACGAUGGCUCUGUUCAUGCUGUCCGUGCAGCAGUUGGCCGGGAUUGACGGCGUGCUGUACUAUGCGCCGGUUCUGUUCCGCCAGGCCGGGCUAUCGUCCUCCAGCGCUUCGUUCUUGGCCUCUGGUGUGACGGGUAUCGUCAACGUCGUGUUCACCAUCUUCGGGCAGAUAGUGUCUGACAAGUGGGGCCGGCGCCCAUCCCUCAUCUGGGGCGGCACCAUCAUGGCGACCGCCAUGACCCUCAUCGGCAUCCUCUACUCCCUCCCCAACCUCUCCCAGGCCGGCAACUACGCCGUCAUCGCCCUCAUCUUCGUCUACUUCAUCCCCUUCGUCGUCACUUGGGCCACCCUCAUGCGCAUCUGGGUGUCCGAGGCGCAGCCCGUCCAAACUCGCGCAUCCGUCUCCUCCCUCGCGUACACGACGAACUGGUUGUCGAACUGGGUGAUCGCGUUCACGACGCCGAUGUUCUUGGAUAAGUAUCCGAGCGGGCCCUACUUCUUGUGGGCGGCGUGUACGUGGAUGGCGGUGGCGGUGUUUGCGGUGUGGUUGCCGGAGACGAAGGGGCGGAAUGUCGAUCUGGCGGGGCAGGCGGGGGGUCUGAAGGUGCAGGUGGGGAUUCCGGGGCUGAGGAGGAGGCGUGCUGAGCAGGAGAAGACAUCGACACCGACGUCGACGCCGCGAGAUGCGGAUGAGCGCGCUGGCCAGCACGAAGAUGUCGAGGAGAUCGUUUGAAGGAUCCGGGCUGCACGACUUACGCGGCCUGUUUGAGCUGCGCACCUCACGACUAUUAACGAGCAUAAAAAGAAAUCCGGUAAUUGGUGGUAUCCCGAUGGCUGACAAUAGACUGUAGACCCCACAUGUAUGCAUAGACCACUUGUAGACGAUUGCGCAGAGCGCAGAGAUGUAUCAUGUAUGUGUAUGUAUCCGUACAGUACAUCUCAAGCCAUAGACUUGCUUUUGAAAGUUGA